ACUCUUUGCCACUUUGUACUGAACAGACAACAUUUGCAAGGCUUGCAAAGAAGUGUGCUGGAUAUAUAUCAUUCUGGUGGUAAAGUGACAAGUCUCAGCCUUAAAGCUUCACAUCUGUUGGGGGGGAAAGUUAAUUUUCUCCCUGACUCAGAAUUAUGGAUAUAAAAGACCGCAGGCACCGCUCUUUGACAAGAGGCAGGUGUGGGAAGGAAUGUCGCUAUACAAGUUCUUCACUGGACAGUGAGGACUGCAGAGUGCCUACUCAGAAGUCCUAUAGUUCAAGUGAGACACUGAAGGCUUAUGAUCAUGACACUAGAAUGCACUACGGAAAUCGAGUUACUGACCUAGUUCACAGAGAAUCUGAUGAGUUUCCAAGACAAGGAACUAACUUCACCCUUGCUGAACUAGGAAUUUGUGAGCCCUCUCCCCACCGAAGUGGCUACUGCUCAGACAUAGGAAUACUUCAUCAAGGCUAUUCCCUCAGCACUGGGUCUGAUGCUGACUCAGAUACAGAGGGAGGAAUGUCUCCAGAGCAUGCCAUACGACUGUGGGGGAGAGGGAUUAAAUCCAGGCGCAGUUCCGGUCUGUCAAGCCGUGAGAAUUCUGCCCUUACCCUGACUGACUCUGACAAUGACAAUAAAUCAGAUGAGGAAAACGGUGGAUUUAAACUAUAUAUAGAUGUAUUAAAUUACAACUCUACAAGCAGAGGUAUUAAUGUUGGUAAACAUCUUGCUUUUCCUCUUUGA